AUGUCUUCUCUGAUUGUACUUACCAGAAAUGGGGGCAUUGUUACUGGGAGAUGUGGUAGAACUAUCAAUGCCACAGUGCCUAUCGACUUUUCCAACGUUAUGGUCAAUGGUGAUGGCGCAAGACCAUCAGUAUUGGGAAACUACAUUAGGGGGGGCCCUUCUCUCGUACCUGUCACACGCGGGAACUUCACAGUUGGGAACGCUACCUACGCAAUUCAGCCUGAUCCUGUGUUUUCAGGAGGCCCUUCAUGCAUGACAGAUGUUGACUCUGUUAAUGACCGCCUUUCUAUCUACUGCACAGACUUAUACUGGGAUUAUGAUGAUGUUAUAGACGAAACGAUUGAAUCUGGUUGUAUCAGCGAUUUACCCCCAGCAAGGAGUGGGCAGAAAGAAGGCUUUCACCCCAAGAGGCCCAAAAUAGAUCCUCAAUUAUUGCUUCCGAUAAGCGGGGGUUGGAUAGGUGCCUGGGUUUAUUCUACAAGAAGGGAACCAAGCCUUGACGGCGCUGGAUGGCCUCAUCAGAGGUACCUCUACAAGCAGGUUUCGGAAGUUGUACAGUGUGGGAAGAACCAAUCCUGUACUGUUACUAGAGAUAAGGGGGGGACCUGGACCUACGGAUUCGUUGCGACCGGCAUAGCCAAAUUUGCCAGUUUUGGUUUCUCGGUUUCGAAAGCCAUCACGUCGGGGAAUGGGCAUUGUUGCCAUGCCCUACCAGGUGAACGAGUCUGCAUUUGGCAUAAAGUUGCCCACACUGCAUACACUGUUCGAAUGACUAAAAGAAGGAAAUUUUGGCCCUGGGACAAGUACCUGCAUGUUUUCCAUGGUGAGCAAGUUAAUCUAGUCGCCCCGAAUCACUACAAUAGCGGCGGCGGGUAUGUCUGUAGAUACAACAACGAAUGCAGAUCGAUGGCUUAUGAAUACUGGGACUGCAACGGUAAGCGACAGACAAGUGAGUUGGAGAGAAAUACAGGAAGGAGAAAAAGAAAAAGAUGGGUAAGAAGGCAUGGAAGGACUAUGAACGAAAGAGAAAGAAUCAUGAAAAGGUGUUAA